CUAGCUUCAUUCAGGCAGAGAUUUGUGUCUACAAGCGGAGCUAUGUCCAUAUAGUCAACGUCGAAGACAUUAAGAGGGAAAUGCUGGACAUUGUCGACGUUUCUUUGAGCAAGCAACAUAACUUAUCCUAACAAUAAAAGCGAUAACGUUAUCACAGCCACAACAAUGCACUUGUCCUUAGCUUCCCUCACCAAGCCUGUUCUUCAUGGGUACUUCAGAAGUUCCUGCUCCUGGAGGGUCCGCAUUGCUUUUGCUCUCAAAGGUAUCGAAUAUGACCAGGCUCCAGUCAAUCUAAUAAAAGAUGGAGGUCAGCAGCUUACUGAACAGUACAAGGCACUGAACCCCAUGCAACAAGUACCCGCAGUCGAAAUUGAUGGCAUCACCCUCUCUCAGUCACUGGCAGUGAUCCAGUACAUCGACGAGACCAGGCCAGGGCCUCGGCUUCUCCCAGUAGACCCAAAGAAACGUGCCCAGGUCCGGAUGAUAAGUGAUGUCAUUGCCUCUGGGAUACAGCCUCUGCAGAAUUUGUACGUGAUUCAGAAAAUAGGAGCCGAAAAGGUGCAGUGGGCUCAGCACUUCAUUGAACGUGGCUUUCAAGCUCUUGAGCCCAUUCUGAAGCAAACAGCAGGGAAAUAUUGUGUCGGUGAUGAGAUAUCCAUGGCAGACAUCUGUCUGGUGCCACAAGUCUACAAUGCAGAGAGGUUCAAAGUGGACGUCGGGCAGUAUCCAACUAUCAAAAGGUUAAAUCAAACCUUACUUGAAAUUGAAGCUUUCAAAGUGAGCAGCCCGUCUUGCCAGCCAGACACACCUGCCGACCUGCGUGCAUAGAACAACUCAGCAGCUUCAGAGACAGCCAUGCAACAUUGUACAUUGUUAAAUAAAACACUUGGAAAAUAA